CUUCUUCUUCUUCUUCUAUAUGUGCUAUGCUGUAAGAACGGAAACAGGGGCUUUCUCUCUAUUUUCGAACAGAAAUAAGGGGUUAUCCUUCUCUCCCUGAAUAGAAAUAAGAUUUUGUACCUUGCAACUUUAUUGAUUUGUGUUAUUCAUCUAUCUCAUGGCAAUCAGGCUUCAGUUUGAAAACAACUGUGAAGUUGGGGUUUUCUCCAAGUUGACCAAUGCAUACUGUUUGGUUGCAAUUGGAGGAUCAGAAAAYUUUUACAGCACUUUUGAAUCUGAACUAGCUGGUGUUAUUCCUGUGGUUAAAACAUCCAUAGCAGGCACUAGAAUUAUUGGGCGGCUAUGUGCUGGAAACAAGAAUGGGCUCCUCUUGCCACAUAAUACCACUGAUCAAGAACUUCAGCAUUUGAGGAAUAGUUUACCUGAUCAUGUUGUUGUUCAGCGCAUUGAAGAGAGAUUGUCAGCGCUUGGGAACUGCAUAGCUUGUAAUGAUCAUGUUGCUCUUGCACAUACUGACCUUGACAGGGAAACUGAGGAAAUGAUUGCAGAUGUUCUUGGAGUAGAAGUGUUUAGGCAGACAAUUGCAGGAAACAUUCUUGUUGGUAGUUAUUGUGCCUUCUCCAACAGAGGUGGAUUGGUCCAUCCCCAUACAUCGAUUGAAGACUURGAUGAGCUUUCCACACUCCUUCAAGUACCUCUGGUGGCUGGGACUGUAAAUCGAGGAAGUGAAGUCAUUGCUKCUGGCAUCACAGUGAAUGACUGGACAGCAUUCUGUGGGUCAAACACCACAGCAACAGAACUCUCUGUGAUCGAGAGUGUCUUCAAGUUGAGAGAAGCCCAACCAAGUGCAAUUGUCGAUGAGAUGAGGAAAUCAUUAAUCGACAGCUAUGUGUAGUUUCUCAUCUGCUUUUUCGAACCAAUUGUACCAGAGCUUGUCUUUUUAAUAUUACAAUUCUAUUGUUUUUGAACCAAUUCAA